AGACAGAGAGAGAGAGAGGGAGAGAGAGAGGGAAUUGAGAGAGAGAGGUUAGAGACAGAGAGUGAGGGGAAGGAAACACUACAUAAAGAGACAGAAGAGAGCCCUUCCUGGAACUCUCCAGUCCUCUCUGACUGCCGUCGCUCGCUGAGGGAGAAAGACAGCAGUGUUUUAAAGAGGAACAGAGUACCUGGUUGUCAUUCUGCUGAGGGCUGAGACAAACAGAGGAGAAGAAGACAUGUCUGGUCAUUUACUAAGGAGAAACUCCAGCAAGGAAGGUCUGCAGAACCUGCUCAGGGUGACGGCCCAGCGCAGUAUUGAGGAUGCUGAGGAGAUAGAGCGGGAACGGAGACGAAGGGCCAGGGAGAGACAGGGAGACCAGGACCCACACACCCACACUGGCCCAGCCAGCACCACCAGCCCCACACCAGACAAUGGGCUCCCGGAGCUAUAUCCAAUGUGUGAGAGUGAACUGAAGGCUAGUGGCUGCCAGUUGGCUCUGGAGGAGGACGAGGGCUUCAGUGACUGGACCCAGAGGUUGGAGAAACGCAGACAGCGCCACCUGGAGGAACAGGAGUCCUCGGAGGACCAUCAGCCCCAGCAGCAGCAGAAUCAACCCCAGCAGCAUCACCCCCAGCAACAGCAUCAACCCCAGCAGCAUCACCCCAGCAACAGCAUCACCCCCAGCAGCAUCACCCCCAGCAGCAGCAGCAGCAGCCCCAGCUGCUCAGGCUAAACAGAGCCUCCCCAAUCAGACCCUGCUUGAAGACACGUCCUGGUCCUGGGCCCGAGGAGAGGGAGGAGAAGGAGGUAGAGUGGGAACGAAAAGCCAGCAACAAGACACAAGACACUUCAAGAAGAGUAACAGAGGACAAG